GUCUGGCACCAUGGAGGAUAGCUUCAGGAUCAGACAAGGUCUGUAUCUUUUGUUCUUCCUCUCUCUGUCUGGAGUGGUGUGUGUCUCCAUUCGCUAUUCUUUGCCUGAAGAGAAGAAAAGUGGGUCUGUGGUGGCUAAUGUGCUGAAGGAUUUGAAACUGGGACCAGGGGAGCUCUCUGCUCGCAGAGCCCAGCUGGUUUCCAACAGCAGUAAGCAAUAUUUCCAGCUUGAUAAUACUUCUGGCAAUCUUUUUGUAAAUGAAAAAAUAGACAGAGAAGCUUUGUGUGGUGUGAUGGAGUCUUGCUUCCUGUUGUCUGAAAUAGUGCUCCAGAACCCCUUAAAGAUCUAUAGUAUUGAGGUACAGAUAAAAGAUGUGAAUGACCAUUCUCCUGAAUUCUCCAAAAAUGAUUUUAAUCUAGAAAUUCCUGAGCAUGUCCCUGCAAGUACUCGAUUCCCCUUGGAAUCUGCCCAAGAUGCAGACUUGCGUGAAAACAGUAUUCAGAACUACACACUCAGUCCUAAUGGGCAUUUCAGGCUGGAUGUACAAAGAGAUGAGUUUGGGAGUAAAUAUGUGGACCUUGUCCUAGAGAAACCACUAGACAGGGAGAAGGAAGCUCAGUUUGUGCUGACUCUCACAGCUGUUGAUGGAGGGAUGCCACAAAAAACAGGAACAGUUCUAAUAAAGGUCAAUGUUCUGGACAGCAAUGACAACUUCCCUCAGUUUACACAACUUGAAUAUAAAGUAAAGCUAAAGGAAAACUGCCCUCGAAAUACUCUGGUCUUAAAAGUGGAAGCCAGAGAUUUGGAUUUUGGUUCAAAUGCACAGAUCUCCUACUCAUUCCAUCGAGUCCCUGAGAAAAUAAGCCACUUGUUCCACCUGAAUGAAAACACUGGUGAAAUAACUGUUUUGGAUCCAAUUGACUAUGAAAAAGAAACCAGCUAUUAUAUGAACAUCAAAGCAACAGACGGAGGGGGCCUUUCAGGCCAUUGCAAGGUCCUGGUAGAAAUUGAGGAUGAGAACGACAAUGCACCUGAGAUAUCAGUCAUAUCCGUAACCAGCCCUUUAGCAGAAGACUGUCCCCUAGAUACACUGGCCGUGCUCUUCAGAGUCACAGACCGGGACUCUGGGGACAAUGGCAGGACCUCCUGCUCUGUGGAGAUGAAUUUGCCCUUUCUGUUAAAAACCACUGUGAAUAAUUAUUAUCAACUGGUGACCCAAAGACCACUGGAUAGAGAGAAAGUCCCUGAGUAUAACAUCACCAUCACAGCUACUGAUCGGGGCUCUCCCAGGCUCACUACAAAAAGAACAAUUACAGUUUUAAUCUCGGACAUCAAUGACAACUCUCCAGUGUUUGAGAAGACAAAGUAUGAAAUGCAAUUGUGGGAAAACAAUAUUCCAGGCCUGCUGAUGGGUUCGGUCCAUGCUGUUGACCUGGAUGUGGAGCAGAAUGCCCAGGUGACCUAUUCUCUUGUGCCUGGAAAUGCCAGUGGUGCUCCUGUGGCUUCUUAUGUUUCCAUCAACUCUGAGAAUGGGAAUCUUUAUGCCCUCCGAUCUCUGGAUUAUGAGCAGAUCAAGGAAUUCCAGGUGACAGUGAGGGCUUUAGAUGGGGGUUCUCCUCCACUGAGUUCAGAAGUUGCUGUUCGCUUUGUUGUCCUGGAUGAAAACGAUAACGCUCCCUUCUUCCUCUACCCCCUUCAGAACAGCACCUCCCCCUGCAAUGAUCUGGUUCCCAAGUCCGUGGAGGCUGGUUACCUGGUGGCCAAGGUGGUGGCUGUGGAUGGGGAUUCGGGUCAGAACUCUUGGCUGUCCUAUGAAUUGCUUAAAGCCACGGACCCUGGUCUUUUCAGCAUAGGAGCCCAGAAUGGAGAAGUGAAAACCAGGAGGCCACUGACAGAGCGAGACACAAACAAGCAGAGACUGAUUAUCCUGGUCAGAGACAAUGGCCAUCCUCCCCAGACCAGCACUGCCACACUGAAUAUACUUCCGGUGGACGGCUUUUCAGAUCCUUAUCUGGAUAUUGCAAGUGUCAGUCAUGAAACCAGUGAAGAAGACGGCUCCUUGACUAUGUAUCUGGUGAUCUGCUUGGCUGCGGUGUCCUUUGUGUUCCUGAUUUGCAUCAUUUUGUUUGUUGUCAUCAAAAUGCACAAGAAAGAGUCUAGUUUUAUCACUGCCCUUCCUCAGUUCCCACCUGCUUUACCUGAGAUCCCAGAAACCAGUGUUGAUUCUCAGAGUGGAUCACUUUCCCAGACUUACCACUAUGAUGUUUGCCUAAACGGUGGAUCACUAAGCAGCGAGUUCAGAUUUCUAAGGCCUCUCAUUCCUGUUUUUUCUAUGGGGGACCCAAACAUCUCUGAGAAUCACAGGAUUUCUUCUGUCUCUCAAGAGACCCCAGAGGAGUUGGACAGCCGGAAACAAAGAGAACAGGCCAGAGGUGCUGUCUCUGAAGACUCAGCUGCCAGAUCUGGAGGCCCAGGUUGCGCUGGGAAUCAGGCUAUAACUGCAAAUGCAAACAUUGGCCAAAAUGACUGGCUUUCUUAUCAGUAG